ACAGGAGAGAGACAUGACUAUCUUGGAUCCUCUGGGGAGCCUCAACAACAUCCUGAUGCUGAUGAGGCAGAGAAGAGUCUCUCCAGAUCAGAACAUCAGAUGGACAACGCUUGCCCUUCCUCUCUCCCGGAGUCCCCGUGUCAUGCCUCUCCCGGUAGCGCCUUACUGCUGGGUAUGAAGAGGUUGUCUGUGCUGCUGGUGGACUGCAGGAAAACAACAGGGCUGAGUGGAACUGUGAGAGGAGGAGAAGAGAAGAAAGGAUCAGAUUUGACAUAUCAAAACAUUGACCAGGAGAGUGACACAGAAGGAAUGGAUGAGGACUCUGUGAGUGACCACAGUUAUGAUUCCAGCGCGGAAGAAAUGUUUUUGGAAGGAAAAGAUCCACUUUUAGACCAUGGCACUGAUUCCGACUGGGAGCCCCCAGCGCCAACUUGUUCAUCCAGCUGGACCCCUGCUGUCUCUGGGCCAUCUACAGGUGUGAAGGCACCGACAAAGAAGCGGAAGAGGGGAAGUGUGCCACCUGCUAACAAAGGGACAGAAGGGCGUUGGCACACUGUCCUAGAAGAUGAUGUGGAGCCACCCCAACCAACUUUUCGGCCGAAAAGGAAGCCAGGACCUCAGGUGAACUCGACCACAACUUACAGCCCCCUUCAGCUUUUUCAGUUGUUUUUCACACAAUCCGUUGUAGAUUCGCUCGUGUCUAACACGAAUAAGUAUGGGAAGAAGAAGCAGGCAGGAAAAAAGGUAGCAUGGAAGCCCAUAUCCAUGUCAGACUUUAUCUGCUACCUUUCACUGGUCAUCUACAUGGGGAUGGUGAAGCUGAAAAGCCUGACGAACUACUGGAAAACGUCAUCACUCUACCAACUGCCUUUCCCCAUGACUGUUAUGUCCUGCAAAAGGUUUCUGGUUCUUUCACAGGCGCUUCAUAUCAGUGACCCAAAGGUUGAUGAAGAGAAUGACAAGAAGAGAGGCACAGCAGCGUUUGAUAGACUGUGCAAAAUAAAACCUCUCUACUCCAGCAUUGUUGAGGCCUGCAAGACGUACUUUCAGCCAGCCCAGAACGUGUCAAUCGAUGAGAGGAUGGUAGCCUCAAAGGCCAGAAUUGGCCUCAAACAAUACAUGCGAAACAAACCAACCAAGUGGGGUUACAAGCUGUUUGUGUUGGCUGAUUCUGUGUGUUCCUACACAUGCAAUUUUUUUGUCUAUGAGGGGAAGAACAGUUUUGCUACCGGUAAGGGACUUGGCUAUGACUCUGUAAUGGAGUUAUUGGAUUUUCAACUGCUAGGGAAGGGCUACAAACUGUUUGUGGAUAACUUCUACACAAGCCCUACCCUGUUUGCAGACCUUAGGAAGCGGGAAGUGUGGGCUUGUGGCACCAUUCGUACCAACAGAGUGGGCUUUCCGAAGACGAAGGUGAACGACAUGCCUGAGCGGGCUGAGCGGGGGACCAUGCGAUGGAUCCGUGAAGAUGACCUGCUUUUUGUAAAGUGGAUGGAUACCAGAGAGGUGGUGAUGUGCACAACAAUCCACAAGUCCUUCAGUGGGGAUCAUGUGGUCAGACGUGUCAAGGAUGGUGCCGGGGUAUGGACCACCAAAAAUGUCCCCAUUCCAGCUGCAGUAAAGGACUACAACAAGAGCAUGGGAGGUGUGGACCUAUCAGAUGCGCUGAUAGGCUAUUACAAUGUUCUGCAUAAGACAAUGAAAUGGUACAAGACCUUCUUCUAUCAUUUCGUCGACAUUGCUGUGGUGAAUGCAUUCAUCCUACACAAGGAAAUGGCUAAGAGCUGUGGAAAGCCCUUCCUCUCACAGAAAGCCUUCAGAGAGCAGCUCAUCAAGGAGCUUGCUGGCUACAGCACCACUGCACCACACCCUGUCCCUUCUGCUCCUGCCACAAGUGUUCAUCUGCCCAAAUAUAUUUGUGCAGGCAUGGAUGUCCCUAAGGGCCAAAAGGGCACAGCGUGGAGGCGUUGCUGUGUUGUUUGCAAGAUGAAGUCCCCCAUCACCUGCACCACAUGCUCGGUGACCCUCUGCUUUACAUCAGAAAGAGACUGCUAUGGCAUCUGGCAUCAGCAGCAGAAUAUUGUGUAGAGCUUUGGCAAAGUGGGUGGGGUUAUAUCCUUCCUGUUUGGCCCUGUCCGGGGGUCUCAUCGGAUGGGGCCACAGUGUCUCAUGACCCCCUCCUGUCUCUGCCUCCAGUAUUUAUGCUGCAGUAGUUUGUGUCGGGGGGCUAGGGUCAGUUUGUUAUAUCUGGAGUACUUUUACUGUCUUAUCCGGUGUCCUGUGUGAAUUUAAGUAUGCUCUCUCUUUCUCUCCUUCUUUCUCUGAGGACCUGAGCCCCAGGACCAUGCGUCAGGACCCCCUGGAAUGAUGACUCCUUGCUGUCCCCAGUCCACCCGGCCUUGCUGCUGUUCCAGUUUCAACUGUUCUGCCUGCGGCUAUGGGAACCCUAAACUGUUCAUUUUUACUCUUGAGGUGCUGUCCUGUUGCACCCUCUACAACCACUGUGAUCUCUACCCGGCACAGCCAGAAGAGGACUGGCCACUCCUCAUAGCCUGGUUCCUCUCUAGGUUUCUUCCUAGGUUUUGCCUUUCUAGGGAGUUUUUCCUAGCCACCGUGCUUCUACACCUGCAUUGCUUGCUGUUUGGGGUUUUAGGCCGGGUUUCUGUACAGCACAUUGAGAUAUUAGCUGAUGUAGGAAGGGCUAUGUAAAUAUAUUUGAUUUGAUAGAGGACUGAGGGUCUUCCAAAUAUUGAAAGUGUGUAAAUAGUUACCCAUGUUAUUUUGUUUAAAAAAAAAAUCUAAACUUUUUUUUUGGGGGGGGGGGGGUGUUAGAAUACCAUUUUGGUAUUUUGCAUAUAGUUAUUUGUUUCAAAAUGUAUACCUUCACCAAUUUGGUCACUUGGGUACAUUUGGGCUACAUGUGUGGGACACCUGGGUGACCUCAUGAUAAAUGUCAUGUAGCACACUCAUUUUGGAAGUUAUCAUUCUGAAACUUUGCACAAGUACUGUUGCCUUAUGAAUAUGGGGACAAUUUCAGUGGAAAACAUCUUGUUCAUUUUAAAGAUGAUACAACAAUUAAAAAGAAAAAACGUAUUG